CUACAGAACCUAAAAAUGAUCGCGUCACAAGAGGGGCGGAGUGGUAUUCAUCAUUCAAGGGGUAGUGGUGUCGCACUUGACAGGAAUGUCUCCACCCUUAACCCGGGUUAUAUAAGUCUGUCUCCUCCCAAAAAGUAUCUUACUGCAGAUGCCUUGCCGACGGAGACUGCAAACAUGGUUCGACUGAGGGUUGUUGUCAUUUUACUGACCAUAUUUACAGGUGCAGUGAGUCUCCUAUCCCCCGGCACGGGAGAUGUCCCUCCGCGUCCAGACUACCUCCCCCAACCGGACCCAUACCCCCCUCCUAAGCCGCAGAGGGUAGCUCCCCCUCCUCCCCAGGGCGGGUCCCUCCUUCCUGCUCUCGGCGCCCCGAGUAGCUCCCUCCUCCCUCUCGCCCACUCCAACCCUGCCACCCUCCCUCACGGUGCCGCGUCAGUCAAUGCCCAUCUAGCUCCAGUUAUUACCGCUCCAUUCAACGCACGCCUAUCUGCAGGUAUCGGCGCACCCCAUCCACGUCAACAACCACCGCACCAGCCUCCUCCAGGGGCACUGGUUCCGUAUCUGCUCCCAGGCGGCGCACCCCUCUACACACCAAACCCUGCUGCAGGCUUUCCCCUAAAGGCAAACAUUCAUUACCUACACCCCGGGGCUGCCCCUCCCAACCCAGUCCUAUCUUUAGGUCAACCGUUACAAAUACUACCGCCCGGUUCUGCUUCUUUUCUACCCCCCGGGGCAGCACCGUUAUUACCCCCUCCAAGCCAAUAUCAGCCCUACCCUGGACCUCCGUAUAUCAUCCCUCCACAAUAUUGGCGCGGGUACCCCCAAUCAGCUGGAUCGCCCUUACAGGGACAAAAUACCCCGACAACCCCAAACCAAAUACCACCCCUGAAGGGGAACAUGGUACUCCCAAUCAACUGGCAGCUGCUCAACUCCCCAGCCAAUCAGGUCCAAGCACGGCCUACAGCCGCGUACUACCCCACAGGUCCCAACCUUCCCUCUCGUCCUCCUGUCCUCCUGGGUAGACGGAGCAGCUUCAGUGGUCCGCCCUUCUUCUCCCGAAUCCCCAGCAGACCCUCGAGGUUCAUGGUCCUUCUGGACUUCCUGUGGGGACUCAGAGCAGCGAAGGAGAUGGAUUGUAAGACCGUCGCAGAGCGACUCAACCUGCCCCGGUACUACCCAAUAAGCUGUGAUAACAAGUGCCUGCCUUCCACCUUCUGUAGAAACGUCGGCCCGAUUGGGUUCUGCUGCCCUCUCUAGAUACAGAUCAGUUGAUCCGGAUAAAUGGGAUAGCGGAGAGGUUCAAGGUUUUCUCUGCUGAGCUGUAGACGUCUGAUUGGAAAUUGAACUGAACUUCACGUCUUCACGUUGUGUUCACUGCCUUACUGAUCACGUUCACCGACAUCGAACACGGAUCGAUUCCACUCAAUACUCAUCGAACGCCCGACUUGUUCUGUGGACAAGUCCACCUGAAGCGUUGACUGAAGCGUUUACAAACAUACGCUACUGUAAACAGACACUCUACUGUAAACAGACACCCUUCUGUAAACAGACACGCAUGAACGUACUGAGAAAGGUGUGUUUGUCAUGUAUGUCCACAGCGUAUGCACAUUACACAGGACACAAACACAAAGAAUACGAAUAAAAAAACUGAUAUACAUCCAA